AGUCUGGCUGGCCUGUUAGAAUACAAGAGGAUAUUUAGUUAUAAUACAGUAAUUCUCAAGCGAAACCUGGCAACGACUCUCCUUAUUAUUAUUUUUCCUAUCUCAACGAGGCAAAGAAAGCGGCCCUUCGAUUCUCUGUUAAGGAAACCGAGUUCCCCUUAAACCAGCCCAGACCUGCCCUUUAAUCCAGCCAGCUCCGCCGCCAUGUCUCCACUGUCGGCGUAACACAACAGCGGGACCCUCAGCCUCCACAUCCUCCGUCCCUUCUCUGUCCGACCGCCGCGUCACCAGCGAGUUUCUCUCCCCCUGCCAUGCCCCGGGUCACCUCACUACUGCCUGCCCUGCUGUUCGUCCUCCUGCCGGGCCCGAGCCGGGGUUAUUUCCCCGAGGAGCACUGGAGCCCCGAGUCACCGCUCCUCGCUCCCCGGGUCGUCGUCGCGCUGGUCUGCCGCAACUCGGCGCACUCCCUGCCGCUGUUCCUCGGAGCCCUGGAGCGGCUCAACUACCCGAAGGACCGCAUUGCGCUGUGGGUGGCGACAGAUCACAACACAGAUAACACCACUGCCAUCCUGAGAGACUGGCUUAUCAAGGUGCAGAAUGACUAUCACUAUGUGGAGUGGAGACCUGAAGAUGAACCCAGUGCCUUUGAAGAUGAGGUGGGGCCUAAGCACUGGAAUAAUCUCCGUUAUGAACAUGUAAUGAAGCUUCGUCAGGCAGCGCUGGAGACCGCCCGCGAGAUCUGGGCCGACUACCUGCUGGUGGCCGACUGUGACAACCUGCUCACCAAUACGGACUUGUUGUGGAAACUGAUGAAUGAGAACAAGACUAUUGUAGCACCGAUGCUGGAGUCCAGAGCGGCGUACUCUAACUUCUGGUGCGGCAUGACUUCACAGGGUUACUACAAGCGUACACCAGCCUACAUGCCGAUCCGUAAGCAAGAGCGUCAUGGUUGUUUCGCCGUACCGAUGGUCCACUCCACCUACCUGGUGGACCUACAGAAAGAGGCCUCCCGUCAGCUGGCUUUUUAUCCACCACACCCUGAGUACAGCUGGGCUCUGGAUGAUGUCAUCGUCUUUGCCUACUCGGCUCGCAUGGCAGAUGUGCAGAUGUACGUGUGCAACAAAGAGGCUUAUGGGUAUUUCCCAGUUCCAAUGCGUUCCCACGGUACCGUGCAAGAUGAGGCGGAGAGCUUCAUACAUACACACCUUGAGGUCAUGGUGAAAAAUCCUCCAUUGGAGCCCUCCAGCUUCCUGUCUCUUCCUCCCAAGCAGCCUAACAAGAUAGGCUUUGAUGAGGUGUUUAUGAUAAAUCUGGUGCGGAGAUCUGACCGUCGUGAGCGAAUGCUAAGAAGUCUGUAUGAACAGGAGAUCAGCUGUAAGGUUGUUGCUGCUGUGGAUGGCAAAGCUGUGAACAUGACUGAUAUAGAGGCUAUGGGGAUUAAGAUGCUGCCGGGUUACAAAGACCCUUAUCAUGGUCGGCCUCUCACCAAGGGCGAGCUGGGUUGUUUCCUCUCUCAUUACAACAUCUGGAAGGAGAUCGUAGACCGCGGUCUGAAGACCUCUCUCGUCAUCGAGGACGAUCUACGAUUCGAGGUGUUCUUCAAGCGACGCCUCCAGACGCUGCUGCAGGAGGUGACGACACACAAGCUGGACUGGGAUCUCAUUUACAUCGGGCGGAAGCGGAUGCAGGUGGACCACCAAGAGAAGUCUAUACCAAAGAUCCACAAUCUGGUGGAGGCAGACUACUCCUACUGGACACUAGGCUACCUGUUGUCACUACAAGGAGCCCAGAAGCUCCUCAGGGCCGAACCUCUGACCAAGAUGCUUCCUGUCGAUGAGUUCCUCCCUGUCAUGUACGACAAACAUCCAAUUUCAGAGUACAUGGACCACUUUGAGAGCCGGGACCUGCGUGCGUUUUCUGCCGAGCCACUUCUGGUGUAUCCAACUCAUUACACAGGAGACGAGGGCUACAUCAGUGACACGGAAACAUCGGUGGUCUGGGACAACGAGACGGUCAAAACCGACUGGGACCGAGCUAAGUCCAGGAAAACUCAGGAGCAAGGGGAGCUGAGCUUCGAGGCCCAGAACUCUGAUGUGCUGCAGUCAGAGCUGGAGAACUGGAGCGCACGGGACGAGCUGUGACGACGGAGAGGAGGAGAGACAGAGAGAACUCUGGCAAACAGAGAUAAGGAUGAGGGGCAUAGAACAAAGCUGUGAUAGUGGGCGCAAAGGAUAAGAUGGAGAGAGUUUAACAGAAUGCAGGAGAGGAGAGAGGAAAGGCAGAGUAGAUGGACAGGGUUGUGAGGGACAAAUGGUCAUCUUUCUUUUAGAGGUUAGAUGUAGAGUUAACUCUCAAAGAGUCAGCUUUUGUUUAAUUUAUUGCAUCCAAUGCCGACAAUAGCUCCAUCUUUAAAUGAUACUUUACCAAAUCUGGCGACCCAUCGGCUGUUUAGCCUCUGGGGGCCGGGGUCAGUAUUUCAGGAUAUUUGACCCAAGACGUUGUCUUCUGUUUGCUGGUCACUGUUAACACUGUGAUUUAACAACUUGAGACACAAGAAUCGUUAGGUCUAUAACACAUUUCAGGAAUAAUUUUAAAAAAAAAAACAAUACGAAGCUGAAUUUUUUCAUCAUACAAUAGCUGAUGGGUUCCAAGUUUACAAAGGUGACAUGCAUUGCUCUCCACAUGCAUCCAAAGCCUGCUUUAACAUGAUUGGUCAAUACUACUCAACAAAUGCAAAACAGAACGUUUCUGAUACCAGAAUCUUUUCUCCUUGACUACAGAUUCUGUAUUCAUAUGGGGAUAUCACUUUAUUGUAGAAGCUACUAAUGAUUAUUUUCGUUUUCCAUUAAUCUGCAGAUUAUUUUCUCAAUUAAUUAGUUCGAUCUACACAAAGUCAGAAAAUAGUGCAUUUUCUGCAUAGUGCCCAUUUUCUGAAAUCCCAAGGUGAAGUCUUUAAAUGUCUUGUUUUGUCACUCCAAACCUCAAAGAUAUUCAUUUAGAUAUGACAUUAACCGGAAAAAAAACAGCCUCCUUUCUACCAUUUUUGCCUUAAUUAAUCAGUUAUCAAAAUAAUUGGCAAUUAUUUUUUCCGUUAGUCAACCAGUCUUUGCCCCUUGAGUUUAUAGCGAUUAUAUUUUGCCCAGUUUCAUCGCAUUAUAAACUCCUCCAGAAAAAAACAAAACAAGACAAACAAAAUAGAAGAACACGCAGCAUUAAGCCCCAACAUGUCUCUGAUUGACUCGAUUGACAUAUCAACUGUCUGGCUGCAAAAUGCUUUAGUUUCCAAAAGGAACAUGAGUUAAUUUAUUAUGUGUAUGUGGGUAUGUCUCUUUACGCUAAGCUCUCAAGGCAGAAAACUCAGUAACUAAAAUCUUGCCUUUUCUAUACAGUGUUAUCCUCUCAGUGGUUCCCAAACGGUUUGGUUUUGACCACUUAAAAAGAACCAAUGUCAACUUGCAGCCCCUAAUCACCAGUUGUACCAGUUAGAUUUAUCUACUGGCUGUUCUUUUUCUGUUUUGUGUGACUUUUAAAACCUUUCUGUUUAGUUAAGCCAGUGUUAUUUAAGUUUUAUAUGGUUGUUACUUAAUAACCUUACAUGUUUUUCACUCAUGAAUGUAUCAGUGUUUUCUUUUAUUUGCUGUCAAACCUUCUUUUUCUUUUUACAUUUUGACAGCAGCUAUGUAUUGAUUUAGUGUUUCAGUGUUUCCCUUCAAGUCAUGUUGCAGUUUAAUCCUUAACAUGUUGCAUUUUGUUUAUUGAAGAUCCAAAAAACAAAUGAAUAUAGGUUUUUUAGUAACUUUUCAUGUUUUGUCUCUCUUUUGUGGUUACGUGUGUCUUUUUUUUUUAACCAAAGAAAAAAUAAAACCUUUUAUAAUGA